UUCUGUAUUUCAUUAAAGGUCAAAAGCUGGUUUUUUUUUUUUUUUUAACUCAAAAUUUUUUUCCCAUCACUUUCCCAGGAAAAAUAAAUCUUAAGCUGAUUGGAAUUUUUUAGCUUGAUUUGAGAUUCUCAAGUUUCAUGGUUUUUCUAUUUUCCCCCUUGAAAAUUGAAUUUGCAAUUUAUGGUUUUCUUUAUGGUGUCAAAAACAAUGGGUUGACUUUUUUCUUGGGAUUUUAUCAAAUUGAAGGAUUCCACUUUCCACCCAGAAUAAAAUAAAAAUUUUAAAUUUUGGGGGUUAGGGUUUGAUCAUUCAUCUCCUUUUGCUUUCUGGGUAAUUUGGUUUUUUUUUUUUUUGAAAAAUCUCAAUCUUUAAGGGGCUUUAUAAUUUAUUAUAAAAGACCCCUUUUUUUUCUUCUUGAAAUCCAAGUUAUUCAAUAGAUUCAAAGCUUUUGAGUAGAAUUGUCAAUGGAUGCUGCCCCUAAUGAUGUGAAGGAGGUUAAUGGACAUAAAAGGAACUCUUUAAGUUCCAUAGAUUCCACAGAAACUGAAGAUCACACUGAUGGAGAAGAAUACAGUGAGUCAAAUUCUUUGUUGCUACCUAAAAAAGGUGGGAUGUCAAGAAAAUCUGAAAAGACAAGGAGAAAAGUCCAAUGGAAUGAUAGAAAUGGUGAUAAACUUGUGGAGGUCAUGGAAUUUGAACCAAGUGAUGUGAGCGAUUCUGAAGACGACGAGGAUAAAGAUUCCUGCAUAUGUAUAAUAAUGUAGAUAUCGGGCAUUUAUUUUUCUGCUGGAAAAAAAAUCGAUGGGGCUUCAUUUUCAACCUCGAGUUUGAUAUCUUGUUACCAGAUAGCACUGGUUUCAACUCUUUUUUGGAAGGAUAGAACAGAACAUCCAGAAGCUGACCGAGGCGGUCUUCUUGUAAUUUUGCAUCAAAUUGGAGGCCCCCCAUGGGGGUUUAUAACAUGUUCCACCAUUAACAGAUGAGAAUUUCACGGACCUUAUCUCAGAAACAGAAGCAGAUGAAGAUGACCGUUUAUCUUUGCACGAUGUGUAUUCAUUAAUCAUUACGAUUGUUUCUGUUUUUGUUUGCUUUUUCUUGUAUGUUGAUAUAUACGAGUCGAACAAUGUUAGAAGAGAUAGCAUUCCUUGAUACUGAAAGGAAACAGUCAAAUGCUUUGCAGCUUAUGUUCUUCUGAAUGUUAGAUCUCCAUAAAUAACAUUGUUUGUUGCUA